AUGGCUGGCAAAUUCGAACCUAAAACUCCUGUUACUUUAAACCCACCGAAAUACGAUCCUAUUUCAGUGGAAGAACUUGAAAAAUGCAACGGUGCUGAUAGUGAUAAAUGCUAUGUUGCAAUUAAGGGCAAAGUCUAUGACGUAACGGGCAAUACAGCAUAUCUACCCGGUGGUUCUUAUCAUGUAUUCGCCGGUCAUGAUGCCUCCCGCGCCUUAGCCAAAACUUCUACUUCCGCUGCCGAUGUAUCCUCCAACUGGUUCGAUCUCGACGAUAAAGAAAAGGGUGUACUUAAUGAUUGGAAUACUUUCUUCUCGAAACGAUACAAUAUUGUUGGUUUGGUGGAUGGAGCGCAGAAUCUGGAACCAGAGGGCAAAACAGAGGGUAACUCAAGUUGA